UUCAAUGAACUCACUGUUAUUUUUGGCGUUAAUAUUAUCGCUAGCAUCUUGUGCAAUCGGUAGACGAGAUAAGAAGCCUCCGGAGCCGGACAUGGAGUUGACGAUGCAUUGGCGCGAUUUGAGUUUGAAGACCAUCUGCGAAGAGGAGGAAUGGAAAGCCCAGUUGGAACCGGUCAAAGAAAAGUUUGCCAAAUGUCUGGGCCUUCGAAAGCUUGUUAUCGACGACAACGAUCCCGACGGUAACGUUGACCGAUACAGUAUGUUUAAGAGCGACAAUAAUAAUCCGUAUUGCAGAAUUUCUAAGUCAUGGGAGGCGUGCACUCACUAUCUGAAAGCACUCAACUGUAUUGAGCCAAACGGCGAUGAAGUCAAGCGUCAGCUGAAGGGAGGAUUAUCUCAAUUGGUGUCUAAUAGCAAACGAUUUGAUCCGGAUGAUAUGAACUCAAUGGCCAAGGCCUACCAGAUGCAGUGUGAGAUGGCCAAGUUUGCAUCACACUACAGCCCGUUUGGUGGUCACGGUAUGGAUUAUUACGGCGGAAUGGGUAUGGAUUAUCCCGAUAUGGGUGGCACCGAUGGGGGCGAAGGUGAUGGGGAGGGGGAAGUGCCUGAGUUACCACACGACGGCGACUUCUAAUAGCAAAUAAUUUUUAAAAUUUCUUUAUC